AGACAAUCCCAACGAGACUACCAAUAUGGUCGCCGGUCAGCCAGGUUCGAACUCCCGCGGUCGCGGCGGCAAGUUCAGGACGUACACUAGAGGAGGCGGAAAACAUUUCUCUCGAGACCUACGACCCGUAGACGCCGAUGGCAACGAAAUCAGCAUGUGGAGUGCCGAUGCCCAACCAAAGUCCAUCGAUGACUCGGAAGAAGAGGAUUCGGAAGAGGACUCCGAGGAAGAGUCGGGUUCCGACAAUGACGGCACAGAACAAAGUGGCGCUCUCUCCCGCGAGGAACGCAAGCAAGCCGCCAAGGCCCGUAAGGAGGCGGCCAUUGCCAAGAAGAAGGCCCAGGCCGUCGAGGUCGGCGACUUGCCCCCCUCCGACUCGGAAGACGAGGAUGAGGAGAUUACGAACCCUAAUCACUCCCGCGCUGCCCGUGUCCAAACCAACGCUGGCGUAGAGGACGUCACGGCCGGUAUCGGGGACCUCUCUACGACCAACCGCAAGGAGCGUGAGACCGCCGAGGCCCAGCUGGCUAAGGAGAGGUAUCAGCGCUUGCACGAGCAGGGCAAAACCGACGAGGCGAAGGCUGACCUAGCCCGUCUCCAGCUCAUCCGAGAGCAGCGCGCAGCAGACGCUGCACGUAGACAGGCCGAAAAGGAGGAGAAGUUGGCCCAGGAGGCCGCUCGCAGGGCACAGUUCGAGGAUCGGGAGGCGAAGAAGCGUGCAGCGGCCCUUGGUGGCGCCAAGAAGGGCGCCAAGAAAGCGAAAUAAGCAGUAGAACGGUACAGACCGUCUCCCCAGGGCACUUAUAUGCAUAGCCUGCCGUACCUGAUCUUUCGAGGCAAUACUUUCAUCAACGCGAGAGGAGGACUGGAUCUCGACUCUUUUCAUCAUAGCAUCACUCCCAUACAUCCCUGGAUCAAUUAUGAGCUCACGAGAGAACUUUUUGAAAUAUAACCAGACCAGAG